UUUGGUGUACCAAUUACACAAUAUGAUAGUGGAGAAAUUAAACAUAAAUCAAUUGCUAUGACACGUAAAAAUUUGGAAACAGAAAUGACAUCAAAUAAAAGAUCUAAAAUUGUAUUAGAAUCAAAUAAUUCACAUGAAUUAAAAAUUGAAGAACAAAAAAUGAAACUUUAA